UAUAUGCCCGAUAACUCCUCCAACAACUACUCGUACUACUCCUUCCCCCCCACCCCCAACCGCAACUCCCCCCGCUCACAACGCUCACGAUCUAUUUCGAGCAACAACUCUAUUGCCUCUCAACGAACUUUACGAACUACACGAGAGCCCUUUGAUAUUCACGACGACAAUAUGCCUUCCCCCGCUGCAGGAAAGGGUGAUACCCCCCGCACCCCAACCAAGCUCGGCAGGAAGCCCCAGCAGUCCGGCGCCCCCAAGCUGGGCAAGAAGAGCGGCGAGUCGUCAGAGUCCCCCAAUCUGCCCUCGCAACCUUCCGAAGAGACCCUGCGUGAACAGGCACCGGAUGCCCCAGAGAACGUAGAAGACACCAAGAACAAGGCCCAAGAAACCGCCCAAGACACAGCCGACAGUGCACAAGGCAAGGUCUCCCAAGCCGAGGACGACCUCGAGCAACAGGAGCCCAAGCCCAUCGACGACGCCGAGGAUGCCGCCGAUGACGCAAAGGAGAAGGCCGGAGAAGCAACCGACGAUGCUAAGAAGACUGCUCAGUCAGCCGCUAGCAACGCCGAUGACGACGACGACGAGACCGACGACGGUGCAACCCAAAAAGCCGGCGAAGAGGGCGACGAGACUCAAGAGAACACCGAGGACGACGCCACAGAUGUCGCCAGCAAUGCUCAGAAGCAGGGCUCCAAGGCAUUGAGCGGUGCUCGAGGGCUCGCCGGCCGAGCUGGCGAGUUGGCUGGCAAGUCCGGCCAGGAUCCCAAGGGUGCUGCCGAAGAUGUUGCCGACGACGCACAGUCUACUGCUCAAAGUGCUGGUGACAACGUCAAGGACACCGCUGAGGAUGCCACCGAGGAAGCACAGGAUGCAGCCGGUGACGCCACAGACAAGGCACAGGAUGCCGCUGGUGAUGCUACAGACAAGGCACAGGACGCUACGGACGGCGCCAAGAGCACUGCUGAAGAUGCCACAGGCCAGGACCUUCCAGAUACCCCCGAUCUGAGCAUCCUCAAGGGCCUCGAGGUCAACGAUGAAGGUCUCAUCAAGGACAAGGACGGCAACGCCGUUGGCCGACUUGUGGAAGGUGAUGCCGAGGAUCUUGCUGGUUACGCCAUUGGCGAUGAUGGCGAGAUUCUUGACGACGAUGGCGAUCUGGUCGGACGCUGCGAAGUCCUCCCCGAGGCUGCCCAGAACCAGCUCAAGGAAGCCCAGGAUGCCGGCGAGAAGAAGAUGCCUCCUCUCAGCAUCUUGAAGGGUCUCAGUGCCGACCGUACCGGCCAGAUCCUGAACGAGGAUGGUGACUUUGUUGGCCACCUUGUCGAGGGUAACCCUGCCGACAUCGAAGGACUCGAGUUCGACGAGAACGGCGAAAUCUACGAUGACGACGGCAACCUCUUGGCUCGCGCUGAGCUCCACCCCGAUGCGGCCGACCUCGUCGACCAAGACGAGGAGGAAGGUGACGAUGAAGCCACCGGCGCUCUUGACGGCGCCACCGAGAAAGCAGAGGGUGCCGUUGACGGAGCCAAGGAUACCGCCGAGGAAGCCGCUGAGGGCGCCAAGGAAGGUGUCGAGGAGGCCGCCGAAGACAUUGAGGACGAACUUCCUGGUGUCGAGGCCCUCGAGGGCAUGGAAGUCAACUCCAAGGGUGAAAUCCUCGACGACGAAGGCGAAGUUGUCGGCCAGCUCGCCGAAGGCAACAUCGACGACGUCAAGGGUCUUACCGUCAACGACCAGGGCGAAGUUGUCGAUGCUGAGGGCAAUGUUCUCGGUAAAGUCGAGCUCGCCGAAGGUGCUGCCGACAGGCUCAAGGAGUCUGCUGCUGGUGCUCUCGAUGUCCGCAUCCUUGAAGGCCUCAAGGUCAACAAGAAAGGAAAGGUCCUCGACGCCGAAGGCGAGGAAAUCGGUGAGCUCAAGGACGGCGAGGUCGAGAAAUGCGCCGGCAAGACCAUCAACGACAAGGGCGAGGUCCUCGACAAGGACGGCAACGUGCUUGGCAAGGUCGACGUUGUCUCUGGUGAGGCUGCUUUCGACGCCAUGAAGGAGCUCAAGGAACGUCUCGGUGAGGCUGAACCCGAAAUCAAGGAGGUUGAGAUUACUCCCGAUCUCGACAUCCUUGAUGGUCUCAAGGUCAACAAGAAGGGUCAAGUUCUCAACGAGGACGGUGAGCCUAUUGGCGAGCUUACCGAGGGCGAGAUCUCCGAGUGCGCCGGCAAGAAGAUCAACGAGAAGGGAGAAGUCCUCGACAAGGACGGAAACGUCAUUGGAAAAGUCAAGACCCUCCCUCAGAUGGUCGAGCAGAAGGUUGGUGAGGCCGAAGACGCCGCUGAAGACGCUGAAGAAGCAGCGGAAGAUGCUGAGGGCGCCGCUGAGGAUGCUGAGGAUGCUGCUGAGGACGCCGAGGAGAGCAACCUGCCACCCCUGUCUAUCCUGGAAGGACUCACAGUCAACAAGUCCGGCAAGCUCAUCGAUGCCAACGGUAACAUUGUUGGUGAGCUUAUCGAGGGUGAUGCUAAGAAGCUCUCCAAGUCUGGCAUCACUUCCGACGCCGAGGGUCAGUUCUGGGACAACAAGGGCCACGUCAUUGGCCGUGCUCAGACUGUAGAGCAGGAGGAGGGUGAGGAAGAAGCUCCCUUCGCUGGUCUCGAUGGUCUCGUUGUGGUCAAGGGCGGCUUUGUGGAGGACGAGAACGGCAACCGCGUCGGCCAAGUCGUCGAAGGUGACGCUAAGAAGCUCGUUGGCCGUGCCGUUGAUGAGGAUGGUGACAUUCUCGACAAGAAGGGUUCGGUCGUCGGCCACGCCGAACGCUACGAAGAGCCAGAGGAGGAACCCGAACCUGAAGUUGAACAAGCCGACUUGUCUUCGCUUGAGGGCUUGACCGUCAACAAGCAAGGCAACGUUAUCGGCAGUGAGGGUGUUCCUGUUGCCCGUCUCGUCGAGGGCAACGCAAAGGAGCUUGCCGGCAGGAAGCUCGAUGGUGAAGGCCAGAUCUGGAACGAUUCCGGUAAGGUCAUUGGCCGCGUCGAGCUCAUUGCUCCCGAGGAGCGUGACUCCAAGCCUGAAGGUCCUUUCGCCGGUCUUCAAGGUCUUCGCGUCGUUCCCGACGGCAAGAUUGCUGAUGAGGACGAGAACAUUGUUGGCCAGAUUGUUGAGGGUAACCCCAAACGUCUCGUUGGCAUGGCUGUUGAUGAAGAUGGUGACAUCCUUGACAAGUACGGCAACGUCAAGGGUCACGCUGAGCCUCUUGAGGACGAACCCGAGGAGGUCCCUGAUGAUCUCUCCAUCUUGGACGGUCUUACUCUCAACAAGCAAGGCUUCCUCGUCAACCAGGACGGCAUCCCUAUCGGCAAGCUCGUCGAAGGCAACCUCAAAGACCUCGUUGGUCUCAAGUCCGACGGCGAGGGUCAAAUCCACGGUGACACGGGCAAGGUUGUUGGUCGUUGCGAGUUGAUUCCCGACAACGAGCGCGUCACCCGCAAGGAAGGCCCCUUCGCUGGCUUGGAGGGUCUUCGUGUUGUCAAGGACGGAUUCGUCGAGGACAACGAUGGCAACCGUGUUGGUCAGAUCACCGAGGGUGACCCCAAGAAGCUCGUCGGAAACUCCGUCGACGAAGACGGCGACAUCAUCGACAAAUAUGGCAAUGUCAAGGGCCACGCCGAGCCAUGGGAAGAGGAGGAGGAGGAGGAAGCUGACCUCUCUUCCCUUGCUGGUUGCACAGUCAACAAGGCCGGAAAUGUCGUCGAUUCCUCUGGCACCAUCCUUGGACGUGUCGCUGAGGGUGAUCCAUCCACCAUGGUUGGCAAGAAGGUUGAUGGUCAAGGUCAAAUCUGGGACAACGCCGGUAACGUUAUUGGACGUGCCGAGCUUGCUCAUGGCGCCAACCCUGGCCCCGAGGGUCCUUUCGCUGGCUUCGAUAACAACUCUGUCCAGAAGGAUGGUACUGUCCUCAGCCAGGGCGGUGAAAUCAUCGGUCGUGUCAUUGAGGGUGAUAUCAAGAAGCUCGAGGGCCACCAGGUCGACGAGGAUGGUGACAUCAACGACAAGAACGGCAAUGUCAUUGGCAAGGCCGAGCGCUGGGAGCCCGAAGAGAAGGAGCGCCGCAUCAACCCCAUGGCUGGCAUGCGUGUCAACAAGGAGGGUGAGGUCCGCGAUGAGAACGGCGACGUCAUUGGUCGUCUCACCGCUGGUGACCUUGGCCACUGCGCCGGUCUCGAAAUCGACGACAAUGGCUAUGUCGUUGAUAACGACGGUAACAAGGUCGGAGAAGUCACUCUUCUGGAGAACAUCCAAGAGGAGGAGGACGAGGAAGAGACCGACGAGGAGAAGCAGAGGCGCGAAGACGCUGAGCUCGCUGACAAGAUGGCCAACAUCUGCCAGCAGACUCUUGAGCGUAUCCAGCCCGUGUGCAAGCAAAUCACUGAGUACAUUGAGAAGGCUGACCGCACUCCCCGUGACGAACUCGACGAGGAGGAGCUCGUUAACAACGUCAAGCCUCUCAUUGAGGAAGGUGGACGUAUUCUCCAGGAGUGCAACGGAUCUCUCCGUGGCCUCGACCCCGAUGGUCGCAUCGCUGCCCAGGCCAAGGGCCGCAGCCAAACGCGCGAUGCCACACCCGAGGAGUACCGCCUGGCCGAUCUGCUCAAGGAGAUCACCACCUCGGUCGUCACCACCAUCGACAACGCAAAGAAGAAGAUUGCCGACAUGCCCCACGCCAAGAAGAAGUUGAACCCUCUCUGGUCUCUUCUCACCGAGCCUCUGUUCCAGAUCAUCGCCGCCGUGGGCUUGUUGCUCACUGGUGUGUUGAACCUGGUCGGUCGCCUCCUCAACGGCCUUGGUCUCGGCGGUCUGGUCAACGGACUGCUCGGUGGCCUCGGUAUCGACAAGUUGCUCGGAGGUCUCGGUCUCGGCUCUCUCACCGACAUGCUCGGUGGAGGCAAGAAGGACAAGAAGAAGAGCGGCGGUGGUGCUUCUAACAUCCCCAUCGUCGGCGGCCUCCUGGGCGGCAAAUAA